AUGGAACAGGUGCAUUCUGGUUACCGACUUUGGCAGGGCGCCUCAGUUCCUCAACAGCUCGAUCGGCCCAUGGUAACGCGGUCUACCACUGAGCCGGUACGGCGUUCGAUAACCGACAUAGCCGUCGGUUUUGAAUGUGCCGCUACCAAUCGUUUGCGUCCUCACGUUGCUAAGUCUUUGACGUUGAACUCAAAGACGCAGCUGCAAGGCAGCGGGGUGUGGUAUGGUCACGAGUUCCGGGGGGGGGCUGUGAUUCCAGGUUGUGCUGGUUCAUUGACCGUCAAUCACCGUAGUAACGUAGCGUUCGCAGCCAGUGGUUCGAUUGAUAUAUGGUUGCGAAUGAACGGCUGUGUGACGACUACGAUGCAUUCAUCUGCUGAGCCGUUUGGUGGCGGUGGUAGCAUUCCUGUGCAGCUGCUUCAUUCGUCAUUGGAAACCACAGUCGUCAUCGCAUCGAAGCGGUUCGUGAAAAAGCGGCCGUAUAAAGUAUGGCUCGGUGACCGGUGCACUCAUUGCGUGUCGGCUCUUGCUCUUGUCCUCGCCAUCUGCCUCGGCUGUGGCUUGUGCUCUUGGUCAUCGUCACCCUCGUCUUCGUUGCACACACUGCUCCUCGGCUGCAGAACAGUCUAG